CUCUACAACCACCAUCAACAACCACUAUUACAACAAACAACCUUAACAUUAAUCCCACAACCUUCUCUCAAUCAUCUGUUGCAAUGGCAGCUACUUCAGUUUUCAUGUCUACCCCCGUUACACGUCUCACCACCAUCCCUUCUUCAUCUAGAAGAAACAUCAACUUUGCUGUCGUCAGAUGCAUGACACAAGAUAAACAACCUUCAACCGACACUUCCAAAACUCCAACCACACCAACUCCACCUCCGCCACCGCCGGCGCCGAAGGUCAGCACCAAGUUUUCCGACGUGUUGGCGUUCGGUGGGCCUGCACCGGAGAGGAUUAACGGAAGGUUGGCGAUGAUAGGGUUUGUGUCAGCGAUGGCUGUAGAGUUGAGCAACGGUCAGGAUGUGUUCGCUCAGAUCUCACACGGUGGAGUUCCGGCGUUUGUAGCGACGAGUUUGGUGCUGUCGGUGGCGUCGUUGGUGCCGUUGUUUAAAGGGGUGAGGGCGGAGUCGAAGUCGAGUGGGUUGAUGACGUCUGAUGCGGAGCUGUGGAACGGUCGGGCUGCGAUGUUGGGUUUGGUGGCUUUGGCUUUUACCGAGUAUGUUACCGGCAGUCCACUUGUAUGAUUAAUUUUUGUAUAUAGAAAAACGAUCAUAGAAACAAAGAGUGCUACAAGAAAUUAUUUUCAGAUUGUGAAUUCAUAUAAUUUUGUCAAGAAUUGUUAGAACUAGAAUGUUACUAGUCAUGUACUUUGAAAGAUAUCUAUGAAAGUAUAUGAAUUGUUGCAAGUA